GACCAUGUUACUUCCGUAUCAUCGUGUAAGCUUUGGCCGGACGGUCCAGCGGGGCCACAGUCACAUUUCACUUCGAACAAUAUCUGGAUUGCAGAGAGCAGAUCUCUUCCGCGAUUCUGCAUACAUUGGAGGGAAAUGGACAGUUGCUGAGAGUGGCGCCAAGCACAAUGUUGUCGAUCCUGCCAAUCUAGAGAUUGUCGCAGCGGUACCUAACAUGUCCUCCAACGAUGCUAACGUUGCUAUCAAACAUGCACAGAAGGCACAAGCCGAAUGGAAGAGAACAACGGCUAGGCAACGGGCAAACAUUCUACGAAGAUGGUUCGAUCUCUUGCACGCAAAUCGAGACGAUCUGGCAACAAUCAUGACAACUGAGUGCGGAAAGCCUCUCGCAGAGGCGCGAGGAGAAGUUGCAUAUGGCGCAUCCUUUAUUCAAUGGUUUGCCGAAGAAGCACCAAGGGCAUACGGCGAUAUAAUACCCCAGCACGCAGUUGGACGGCGGCUGUUGGCCAUUAAACAGCCUAUCGGAGUUGUCGGGGCCAUUACACCCUGGAAUUUUCCAAUAGCAAUGGUUACUCGGAAAGUUGCUCCGGCUCUAGCGGCCGGUUGCAGUAUCGUCUUGAAGCCGGCCCCGGAGACACCUCUAUCUGCACUUGCCCUUGCUCGUCUUGCUGAAGAAGCAGGUGUGCCACCUGGCGUUUUUAACGUCGUUACAGCGUCGAAAGAGAACACCCCCGAGAUUGGAAAGGAGUUAACUACCAAUUCGAUAGUGAGAAAGAUCACUUUUACUGGUUCGACCCAGGUCGGAAAAAUUCUCGCCGCCCAAGCGGCAAGUACUGUGAAACGAGUGUCCUUGGAACUCGGUGGGAAUGCCGCCUUUAUUGUUUUUGAUGACGCCGACCUAGAUGCUGCGGUAGAAGGGUGCAUUGCAUCAAAGUAUCGUAAUACAGGGCAAACAUGCGUCUCAGCCAACAGGAUAUACGUUCAAGCUGGUAUAUACGAUGAAUUUGCUGAAAGGCUAGCGAAGCGUAUCAGACGUAUGAAUGUCGGUCAUGGCCUUCAGGCCGGGGUUGACGUUGGGCCGCUGAUCAGCAAAGAAGGCUGGGAGAAAGUGUCACGUCAUGUGAGCGAUGCGUUAAGUAAAGGAGCUGUCGCAAUAGCCGGCGGGAAGCCACACGCUCUAGGAAAUCACUUCUAUGAGCCCACAGUAUUGACCGGGUUGCAGAAGAACAUGGCUCUGAUACACGAAGAGACGUUUGGUCCUGUUGCAGGUCUGUACAAGUUUGAAACGGAGGCAGAAGUCGUCGAGUUGGCGAAUGACACACCAUUCGGACUUGCCGGGUACUUUUUCUCCCGUGAUGUUGGUCGUAUCUUCCGUGUGGCUGAAUCUUUGGAAGUGGGAAUGGUUGGCGUGAAUGAAGGUAUGAUAUCAACGGAAUGUGCACCGUUUGGAGGGGUGAAAGAAUCUGGAAUGGGUCGUGAAGGCUCUAAAUACGGGCUGGAGGACUAUCUUGAAAUCAAGUAUAUUUGUAUGGGUGGUAUACAAGAGUAAUAUUCAGUGUACUGGAGCUAGCCGACUACAUUGUUGAAUAUUAGUCGGCUUUUGUUUGUAAUGAUUGGAAUGAAUGAAUGGAUGGAUGGAUGGAUGGAUGGAUGG